UAUCCGUUUUACUCCGAUUUUUAUUACUUUCACAUCCCCUAUCACUCCAAAAAGGAAAGUGCUAUCUUCAUUCCGACCAGCCAUACUCGGGUAAAAUGUAUUACUGACUUUUUUCUCGGCUUAUAUUUAGUUUUGUUUCUUAUUGCGUAGUGAAAACUUUGAAACUAUUACAUAAUCAGUGAGGGAAUUCCGAAGUAAUCGGGAUAGAAUGAUUGGUAUUUGGCAUAACCAUGGUGCGCGACAAGAAGCCUAUCCACAAGACAGAGUCGCAAAAAUCAAGUACCAACUUAGUAGGCAAGUUCACACAAAGCGUUCGGCGGAUUGUGCAAGACGUCAAGGAUGAGGGCACUUCCAGUGGGCAGACGAAAGAAGAGGUGAUAGAAACAAACGAGCGGCUCCGAGCUGUGCGCGUGCGCCUGGACGAGAACUACGAUACCGCGAAGAAAGCGCUGGUGACGUUGAUGGCGCGGUACAGCGAGUCCAAAUCGCAGAGGAAUGUGUUCACUAGAUAUAACAUGCUCAAGGUUAUGAUCAAGGAUGUUAUUCGCCUGGAGACGCAAUACUGGUCGCUAGUGGAGAUUCCUCGUCAGGAGAAGGCGGAGACCGUACCCGCUUUUGUGCUGCGCGCGUGCGCCAUCAUGGAGAAGACGCAGAAGUCUGGAGAAGGUGUCAAGACUUCUUCCAAGUUAGCUGAAGAAGCAGCAGACCGAAGGGAACGGAUAGAGAGGCUCAAUGACAUGACAACAUCUCAGAUAGAAGCAGAGAACACCCAGAUGACGAACGAUCUCUACCGUCUGCUAAAAAAGUAUACUGGUCUUAGAAAUCUAAUUAGAGAGCUCAAGUCAGAAUACGUCAGCACAAAGAUGUACCCGAUGUUUCCUCGGUACACAAUGCUCAAAGAUAUGAUCAAGGACAUCAUGCAUGACCCUGACUACAUGGAGGUGUGCCAUGAGGUGGAUCCCUAGCGCGGGGUGCGCAAUUAGUUGAGGCACUCCUUCACCGACCGCAGACGGUCCGGUCGUCGCUAGCUUCUGGAAACAUCUGGAAUGAUCUCGAAUGUUCUGGAACUUUCGAGAACGGAUGGAAGGAAAUGGAACGAAACAUACGCGUUGCCCUUGACUGAUACCUUGCAAUUUCAGAUUUUCGAGCGUUGCGUAACAUCAUUGCUUGUAAAUAGCGCUGUUGAAAAAUCUUGUUAUUAGCAUUAUAGCGCAGUUCGAACGUCGGCCGCAUUCUAUGCAAUGCACUAACUCAGCUUUGGAUGUUAAAGCUUAGCUUGUAAUGCAGUCUCCGAGCUGAAUUUCGCGCCGCAAUUCUCUGAAGAGCCGCGGGAUAUCCCUAAAUCCAAGCCUAGUUACAAAUAUCUUUACCUAAUAGGUUUUUUAUCUGUACUUGUUUAAACUACUGCAAGUUAGAAAAGAUGCGUCCAAUUUUAGUAAAAUUACUCUUGCCAGUCGCCUGUCAUUUUCUCUAUUACGUAGAAUUAUUCAUUUGGGAUUGUUUACUUAAUCACUCUGUGACUGAAUAAACAAAUUCUACAGAUCCAUUUCGUUUAGUUCCGAAGACGUAGAUGCGAUUGAAAUUAAUUCAAAACAGAAGAUAACAGGCUACUAAGUUUUAGAAUAAUGACAAUUCUUGUGAAUUAGUCCUCUAAAAAUGGAAAUGUUUAAUGGAAAAGAGGAACAAAGAUCAACGUUUUGAAUUAUACCACAGAGGAUGGUCGCAAAGAAAAAAUUACACAAUUAAAAAUCAAACUUUUUUCUUUGACAAUAACAGAUGUACUAUUAUUGAAAUUUUGGAGUUAACUGUCACUUAUGUCUUAUUAGUACCUGUAUCUACUUCUACUUAUUAACUCUUCUACGAAUAGUCGCGUAUGAACAAGUCUAUUUCUAGAAUAUUAUUUUGAAGUGAUUUGGCUAGCGGUGUGGUGCGGAGAGUACUCAAUUUAUUUGCGCUUUUACAAUGGGACUACUCUAGUGUUAAGUUGUGUUAUAAGUGUUGUGUUAGUGUUCGAAACUUGCCAGCUAAGGGCUUAGGCCAUAAUUCAUGCCCGGUGGCAUUGACAUUCUGUCCAGGUUCCAGGUUUAACUUUUGACAAGUAGUAGAAACGAAAAAGGACAGCAUUUGGAAAACUACAUCAGGUCUUCUCGUUACCAAAGAUUUUCAAUCAGUGCGUUCUACCCGUUAUGACAUACGGAGCUAAGGCGUGGACCAACGAGUUCUUGAGUGGAGACCACGGCUCGGCAGACGUAGUUCAGGAUUCUGGCCAGAUGGAAUAACUAUCUAAGAAAGGCUUGGACGAAAUGGCGCACAUUGGAAGAGACCUAUGUCCAGUGGACUGCCAUAACCUGAUGAUGAUAGUAGAAACUGUGGUUUUAACAACAAUCUGUCAAAAGCUUAACAAUUAAACGGCAACAUUAUGUAAAAUAUUUACCAAAUAAUAGAAAAAAAAUGUCAACGACAGAACAGAGAAACAGAAUAUUAAUGUCACCGAGUCUCAAGUCUUUCGUCUUACACGAUUAGACUGAUGUUGUAAAUGUUCCUUGGAUGAUUUGUUUUGUGGCUGUGUAUAUAAGGACUUGGUCCUGGUAUAUUGAUGUUCUACUGUGUUUGUAGAUAGCCCUAGUCAAAAGUUCGAGAUAGAAUAGUUUUGUGAGAAGUUAGAGAGUCACCAUACUUAUCGGCUUGGACGGAAAAACCUUUGUGACCAGGCAAUAAAAGCGAAAUAGGCAUCGUGCGUUUCGACUUCACAUUGAUAAGUGUCAUGACUCCCAAAAAAGCAUAUUUGUUUUUAAACUCGAUUAUAAUAAUUAUUUCAUUUGUUUUUAUACAUAACAAGUACAUACUUAUUCUAC